UGAUUUUUCACAGUUCGCAGGAGGAGCAAAUACUGUGUGCCACAAGCCCACCUCUGGUGAAAGCAAAGCUGUGUCGUGUUUUUAAAGCCCGUGAUCUUAUUCCUCAGACAUGCCGCACAGAAAGCGAUGUCAUGGUCGUAAGAAAAACAACAAGGAGAAAGGUGACACUUCAUUACAAAAAGGCAAUGUUCCUCAGACCUCAAGGUUCCAGUCUCAGCAGGUCACACCCACCCCAACAUCUCAGGUCUCCACGGGGAAGCCUGCGCAAUAUGAGAAAGGACCUACGCAAUCGUCUACAGCAGCUGUGACUGUCAAACCUGGCACCACACCUGCAGCUCCUUCAGGAGCAUCUUCUGCGGGAGCUGCAGGCGGUGGAGGCUUCACCACCACUCGGAAAGGACCUUCUCAAGUCACACCACAGGCCACAGUCUCUAAACCCACACCUGCACCUUCUGCUAAAGUCCCAAUUGUGAGCUCUGGGACUGGACCUGCUGGAACAACAGGAGUGAAGCCCACAGACCCUCUGAAAGAUAAGGCCCAGAGUACAACCAUUCCCUCAUCCAAACCGGGACCUGCUGAGGUGGAUCUGGCUGUUGGGAAGCCCUCGGCCCCGGCUGGUGCCCAAAAGCAGACAAGCGCUCAAAAGGUGCAAGUGGAAGUGGGUCCUUCAGGAGCUAAAGUCGGUACGGAGGAUGUAGAUCCGUUUGAUGCCCUGUCUGGCACUUUACCAUCAUCACAACCUGUGGCACCAAAAGUCCCAGCAUUCACUGGACCAGAGGUCAAAGAGCCAAAUGUAAAGGCAGAGAAGGGUGUUAUCUGUGGUGAGAGAGAUGACACAUUGCCGCCCGGAUACAGACGAGCAGAUCUGGAAAAGAAAACACCUGCUGGAGUUCCUGAGAAGCCUAAAGAAGUUCCCAAGCCAAUAAGCACAGCCGAGGCGCUGGACUCCCUCUCAGCUGGGUUUGCGUCUUCAGCUCCACCUGCUCCUAAGAAGACAGAUGUGAAAACUGAAACGGUAGGAGCAGUCGAUGUUCGUUCUGCAGGCAUCUCCAACUUUGCUCCCCCUCCACCCUCUCAGCAGAAACAACCGGCAACAUCUCAGCCUGCUACUGUAACCAAAUCCCCUGCUCCACCUGCUGACAAGAAAGCCAGGAUCGAGACCCCUGCACAACCCGCUAAACCAAAGACAGAUGAGAAGGACAUGUCACUGGAUGCUUUCAGCGCUUUGGGCGACACACUGGGUGCCCCAGAACCACCCAAAAAAUUACCUGAACUCAAACCUGGGCAGAUAGUUGAUGAGAAGAAACAGACAUCAGAGAAGGGUGUUCGUGUUGGGGAGAGAGAAGACACACUCCCACCAGGUUACAGAUUCUCAGAGGAAGAGCUCAUGAAAUAUCCUCCUCCUAAGAAAGAGCCCUCAAUAAACGCAGAUGAUGCACUGGACUUUCUUUCUGGAGGUUUCACAGAGCCUGCAGCAGCACCGGUGGUUAAGGCUCCUGUUCCUCCUUCACAGGAAAAGAAGAAACCUGAAGCGGUUCCUGAAAAGACUAAAGACGUUCCUAAGCCUAAAGUGGAUGAAUUAUCAGCACUGGAUGUUCUGGCAGGUGAUUUUGUGGCUCCCGCACAGUUUGUGCCUAAGGUUUCUUCGGGUGCUCCUAAAACUGUUCCACCAGGCCCUCCGCAAACACCACAGACAGAUGAGGACGCUCUCAGCGCUCUGGGUGACACACUGGGUAAACCAGAGCCACCCAAAAAAGAACCUGAACUCAAACCCAAAGACAUCGUUCAUGAGAAAGAUGUGACAUCAAAAAAGGGAGUUCGUGUUGGAGAGAGAGAAGAUACGCUCCCACCAGGUUACAGAUUCUCAGAGGAAGAGCUCAAGAAAUAUCCUCCUCCUGAGAAAGAGCCCUCCUUAGACACUACUGAAGCUAUGGAUUUUCUGUCUGGCGGUUUUACAACCCCCUCUGCGGCAUCGGCUGCCAAGACCCCCGUCUGUCCUGCCUCUAAGUCUCCUGCUAAGCCUUCAGAUUCUGCUUCCGAUUUUGCUUUAGAUGCUCUUGCCGGUGAUUUUGUCGCUCCUUCUUCUGCAUCUAAAGUUCAGUCUGCCGUCUCUGGCCCCCCACACGCUGGCAGACAGUUGUCAGAAGGUACCUCAUCAGCUAUGGAUGCCCUCUCAGACACUUUAGCAGACAUUAAAGGAGCCCCUGAGCCUGCCCCUGUCCCACCUAAAGAUGUCGUUAAGGAAAAGAAUAUAGUGGAGGAAAGAGUGAGUAAACCAGGUGAGAGAGACGACACCCUUCCACCUGAUCAUCGGUUCACAGAGGAAGACCGCAAGGUGUUUGUAGCAGCAAAGCAGAAAGACGUCAAACCAAAGCAGACAUCAAUCGAUGACACAACGGCCCUUGACAUGCUGUCUAGUGAUUUUUCUGCAGUACCGCCCAUGAAGCCCUCAGCACCUGACGCCCAACGCUUCACCCCUGAACCACAACCGCCAACAUUUAAGGCAUCAGGUCCAGUUUUCGACGAGCUGGCGGAAAAAGUGAUUCCCAACCUGACUGACCCCAAAGCUAAAGACAGCAAACCAAAGGGAAAGGGUGCAAAACCAAAGUCUAAACCAAAGAAACAGUCAGUACAAGAUUCAUCAGCCACAGAGAAGCUGCCCGGUAAACUGAGCUCAGAUGUGGUGCCAUCGUCUUCCACAAAGAGCGGAAACCUAUAGAUCAUUUAUGGUGCGUCUCCUCAUCCCUAACACAAGAAGCCAUUAAAGGGAGCUGCUCGGACAAGAAAUAUAUUUUAUGGUGGACAUGGAAUGAAACUAAAAAAUUAUAACUGCACAGAGACACUUCCCCCUUCUCUUCUUUUCUCCUAAAGCAAAUAUAAAUAUAACAAUCUAUUAUCUCCUUGUGAAUGAUAGAACAUGUAUAUAUGGAUAGGAUGUUAACAUCAAGCACAUGUAUUGUUCUAUUUUCAGUCAUCUGUUUUUGGUGUGGCAUUGUGAUAAAAUUUUUCCCACAGUAAAAAAAAAUAUUAUGCCAUAUACAAUUUUUAUUUCUUUUUUUUCUUUACUGGGGGUCUCUCUACAGUCUUCCUCUUCACAGAGAUGACAGUCUGUUGUUGUUUGAGGAUCUAUUGAGACACUAGUGUACAGAGAUGCUGUAGGUUAUGAGUUCAUCAUUUACAGUACAGGAAUUGCAGUAGAUGACCGUGAUUUUGAAUGCUGUUGAAUGUCUGUAUAAUGAUACAAGUCGCAAAAGGUUUGUAUGGGAGGUGUUUUUCGUUGUAGUUUGUUUCCUGAAGUGCACUUACAAGGAUGCUCUCAAAAAUAACUAAAAUAAUACUGCAAACAC